UUUUUGUCCGUUCCGUCGUACCUGCUCGUCUCGUUGGAAAAAAAUAUAAUAAAAAAUUCUUUCUCCCUUGCAGCAGUAAGCCCCAAAAAACAUGAAUACUUUCUGAACCAAUAAAAUAUAAUAAACUUUUUCGAAAAGAAAAAAAAAACAAGUACAAAAAACCAUGGUUUUACGGAAAUAUUGCAACUUUUAACAUUUUUCUUUUCUUGCUAAUCAGAAUCGGAGAAAAAUAAAAAUUAACCAUAAACUUGUUUCGAUUUUGUGUUGAGUUUGAGAGAAAAAAAAAAAAACAAAAAUAAGAUAAAAAAUCCAUCGUCGUAGGUAUUUUUUUUUUUAUUUCUCAAAGAGAAACAAGAAAAAAAGUUUAGUUGCCAAUGCAAAAACACAGAAAUAAUUUACAAUCCCCGAUAAAAGUCAAAUGAAGUGACAAAAAAAAAAAUAAAUUAUAUAUAAUGAACUAAAAAGUGCAAUAAGCGAAUAAGAAAAAAAAAUUAGAUAAAUCGCCUAGAAAAAAUUGCAAAGUGCAGUGCAGCAGCAAAGACGGCGAAAAAAAUAUAAAGGCGAAAAGAUUAAAAUUUUAUAUUUAUAUUAGUGUCAUUGAAAAUAUUCGCAAGAGCAAAUCGAAUAAAAUUUAAAAAAGAAAAUAAAAUAAAAUUUUAUAUUUUUAGUUCGAAAUUCGGAAAUAUAUUGUGUGUUUUUCUUCUUUUUGUUGGUAUUUAUUUUUUUUUUUUUUUUCUUUUGUAUGGAUAAAUUUUUAAAUGAAAAAUUCAUCCUUAUCUAUGUGGUGAGUGACAGACAACGGUGUUUUGUCAAUAACAAGACGACGACAACAACGAUUCACGGUGACGAAAACGAUUAUCGACAACGGUUACGGUAAAUCUUAAAGGCUAGACCAGAAACCAGCAAGGAUUCUUUUAUUUCUUCUUUUCGAAGUAAAUACAAAGAAAAUUCUUUGUUUUUCUUUUUGUUUUUAUUUUCGAUAAAUUUGGUGGAAAUGACAAAUUCAGGACGAAAUCGAUAUGAUGGGCAUUCACAUUGCUGCAACAGAUAACAACAACAACAGCAGCGCCAUCAUUGUCGUCGUUGUUGAGCAACAUCAGAGCCAACAGAGUCCAUCAUUAUCAAAUAAAUCGCCAUCCAACAACCAACCAACAAGGACAACUCUAUUUUACUCUUUCUCUUCAAGAUAAAAAAUUUUAAAUCAAUGAAGAUUCAAAAGAAAAGGCAUAUAAAUUUAACAAAAGGAUUAAAUUAAAUUGUGUAAAGAAAAUAAAAAACAUUUAAUUAAAUAAAAGAAAAAAUAAAAAAAAAAAAGAAAAAAAGUGUGUGCGGGGUGUAAAAAUCUUAUUCGCAAUUGCAAAUUGGUCUCGGUCGUGUAGUUGUCAUAGUCGCCGUUGCACGUCGCCACCGGCUUCUUGGUUUGUGGAAACAAAGCUUAAGUGUCAGUUUCGAUUUCACUUACCGGCAUUUCGCAUCGAAUCCUCUCUUCUUGUUCUUCUCUGUCUCUUAUUUGUCUAUCGAGUGUGUUAUCGAUAAUUUUUGUAAGAUAUCAAGAAAAAAAAAAGAGAAGUCAUUUUGUGAUAAAAAAAUAUAAACAAAUUACGAUUUUUUUUUGUGAUAUAUAAUUCACGGUUUGUUUUAUUCUUCUUCUUAAUCUUCAUAAUUUUUGUAUCAUCAUCUUCUCUCUUUCUCUCUCUUACUCUCUUUGACUCGUGGUGGUCUUUGUGUUGUAAAAAAACAUACAGAAAAAAAAUAUAAAUAAAUGUUUAUCAAAAAUAAUUCACACCUUGAUAGCGAGCUGUUUUGCGGCAGCAGUGGCAGCAGCAGCAAUAACAGCAGCAGCAACAAUACUAACGGUACAACAAAUAACAACGGCAACAAUAAUAACACAAACAACAAUAAAAUUGAAAAAUAUUUGCGACAGACAACAAUAGGAACACCAUCAUCCACAGCAACAACAACAACAAAUUUAAUAAAAUCAUCAGCACAACGAGCUGCUGCAAUACCAAUAGCAACAUUAAAUAUCACAAGUGCAGCGCUAGUAGCUACAUCAUCAUCAUUUGCUUCGGCGGCAAAGCAAAGAAACAGCAGCACCUCAUUAAUAAAAUCAACAAAAAUGGAUGACGAUUCAAUGGAGGAGGAAAUAGUACCUCAAACAUUCCUCAGUUCACCUGAAUCGGAUGAUGAACCUAUAAAGCAACUGCCAAAGGAAAUCCUACUUCGCAUUUUUUCAUACUUAGACGUUGUUUCGUUAUGCAGAUGCGCCCAGGUCUGCAAAUAUUGGAAUGUCCUUGCCCUGGACGGUUCGAGUUGGCAAAAAAUCAAUUUGUUUGACUUUCAACGGGACAUCGAGGGUCCUGUCAUUGAAAAUAUAUCCCAGAGAUGCGGUGGUUUUUUGAAAUUUCUCUCGCUGCGAGGUUGCCAAUCAGUUGGAGAUGUAUCAAUACGAACCCUAGCUAACCACUGCCAUUAUAUCGAGCAUCUAGAUCUAUCUGAGUGCAAAAAGAUAACCGACCUAUCGACGCAAUCAAUAAGUCGCUACUGUUCGAAAUUAACAUCCAUAAAUUUAGACUCGUGCGCUAAUAUAACCGACAAUAGUUUAAAAUACAUCUCCGAUGGAUGUCCUAACCUUCUAGAGAUUAAUGUAUCAUGGUGUCAUCUCAUAUCGGAAAAUGGAGUCGAAGCCCUAUCACGCGGUUGUGUUAAAUUAAGAAAGUUCAGCAGUAAAGGUUGUAAACAAGUAAAUGACAACGCACUGCAAUGUUUAGCUAAAUACUGUCCCGACUUAAUGGUGCUUAAUUUUCAUAGUUGUGAGAAUAUCACCGAUUCUUCAAUACGACUUAUUGCAUCAAAUUGCCGUAAAUUACAAAAGCUAUGCGUAUCAAAGUGUGGCGAAUUGACGGACGUUUCACUAAUAGCUUUAUCGCAAAAUAACCCACUUUUGAAUACCUUAGAGGUAUCCGGAUGCAGGAAUUUUUCCGACAUUGGAUUCCAAGCACUUGGUAAAAAUUGUAAAUAUUUAGAACGAAUGGACUUGGAAGAAUGCAACCAGAUAACUGAUUUGACGUUGGCCCAUUUGGCAACUGGUUGUCCGAGCUUAGAGAAAUUGACUUUAUCACAUUGUGAGCUUAUAACCGACGAUGGAAUACGUCAGCUGGCCGCCGGUAGUUGUGCAGCUGAAAGUCUAUCCGUCCUAGAAUUGGAUAAUUGUCCACUAAUAACCGAUCGAACCUUAGAGCAUUUAGUAUCGUGUCACAAUCUACAGAGAAUUGAGCUAUUCGACUGCCAAAUGAUUACACGAGCGGCAAUACGAAAAUUAAAAAAUCAUUUACCAAAUAUUAAAGUUCAUGCAUACUUUGCUCCGGUGACCCCACCACCAGUUACAACUGGCCACCGACCUAGGUAUUGUCGCUGCUGUGAGAUUCUCUGAGAUCAGGCCAUAGGCUUGGCCAGAAAAAUUUUGUGCAAAAGCCGUGAUGACUGAUAUAUUACAAUAGUUUUUAUUUUCAUAAUAAUUCUAUUAUUGUUGUUAGUUUAUCUUAUGUUUCUCGCAGUUAGUUAUUAUUUACUUAAUGAUUAUUAUUAUUAUUAUGACUUUGGGUACUCUGCUGCCACUAAUAAUAUAUGUAAAGAUACAAUAUUCUUCUAAACAAAAAUAUUACCAUCAUCUAAAUGAAGAGAGAACAAAAAACGAGAGAUAAACUCUUAUUUCGUUAUUACACUCUUUCUGUUAAGUUUAAAAAAAAAAAAAAAACUAUAACAAAUAACAACAACAAAACAAAAAAGGAAAUAUUUUUAUCUCUUUCUCUAAUGUAUUAUUGAAUUAAUUGUAGUUAUAUAAUAUAUUUUUUUUUUUUUACUUUAAGAUAUUUAGGUUCAUUAUUCAAAUUUAUUAAACAAAACAAAAAAAAAAACGGGA